AUGGAUGUGGAGCCAAGUGAUAAGAUUGAAGAUGUGAAGAAGCUAUUGGAGGAAAAAGAAGGCAUUCCAUCGGAACAACAGAGGUUUCUAUUUUCAGGCAGACAACUAGAGGAUAGCGAUACUGUCGAGGGUUGCAAGAUUACUGCGGGAUCUCAAUUGCACUUGGUGUUGACUCUGAGAGGAGGGUGUUGA